CCAUCCCUGUUUCUUCCGUCGCUUCAGAAAGUGCUUUUAGUACGGAGGAAGAGUUAUUAGCCCUCAUCGUUCAAGACUUCAUUCACAAACUAUGGAAGCAUUAAUGUGUUUACAAAAUUGGAUGAUGGAAGACAUAAAAGGUUCUUCGGAAGAUGCUUAUGCUUGCUCCACAGUAAUUGAUGAUUCGGAUGUUGACGAAGAACAACAAAUAGAUGCGAUUCAACUAGUCACUAGUUCUAAAAUCUACACUCUUUUUAUUCAUCCACAACUGAUCAAGCUUGCAGCACUGUGCCAAAAUGGAUUGGUACAGGGCAUUCCACCACCUUACGAAACUGAACCCGAGUUGCACCUGAUUUCGCGCAAGAAUGAGGGUACGACGAAUUCGACUAAGAUCAACGGGUGCCACAUCGCUCGUUGGGAUCAUAGACUGGAGCUGCUAGCCCAAGGUGCGCUAAUUGAUGCUGUUAGCGCGCCUACUACACGUGACUACAUGCCGUGGUUCCUGUCCAUCACUCGCCGAUGGAUGACUCCACGUGGCAUCGUUGCAGCGGCCCAUUAUGCUCUUGCAGUGUCUACGAUGACCCAAUUUGCACAAGCUGCGGCAGUCGUGAUCCGGUCUAGCCACGAAGAGCCGGUGAGGGAGAUUGCGCAAGGCAUGCUCCUCGGCACGCAGUUCCAGUACUUCACAUCGAAAAUCGCUACGAAGUCAUCACUGACUACCGUCGAUGUGCAUGUCCAUCUCCUCCUUAUGACGUUCAUUUGGAGGAGACGGACUUGUCAUACCCCGGUGAUGUUGUGGGGAUCUCGCAGGCUGGGCCAUCCCAACCAUCAAAGUACUAGUCACCUCCCCUACCAGCGCGACGCACAAAUGCCUCUUACUACCGUAGGAGGCGUAGGAGACCAACUCAGUUGGAUAGGUUAGAUGAGAGUGAUGAUCGUGUUAGGUUUUUGUGUAUUUUGAUUGACUAUGUAUAUAUAUGUUUAUUUAGUUGUAUAUAUAUAUGUUUAUUUAGUUUA